AGCGACUUCCCUUUUCCUUUAUCUCUCUAACUAUCCAUCAAACUCAUUUUCUUUCUCUAUCGUAUAGAAAUCAAAGAUAUUUGUUUCAAUAUUUUGCUUCUUUGGCCAUGUUGUUUGUUUACGUCUGUUUGGUGCAAAACAUACCAAACUAAUUACUCCUACAAGAGAGUUGAAGACAUCAUGUGCAGCUAGACUAGAAGUGAUUUAUCUAUGGAGAAUAAUAAUUAUCAAGGUGAUUUAGCUGAUAUAUUCCGAGGUGGAAAUAACAAUACAACUUCCGGUGAAUCAUCAUCAACUAAUAAUACGAUUAUUCCUAUUCCUGACGGAUGGACGCAGUUCCCUUAUUCCGCUACUGAAGAACCAACAUGUGUUCAAGAUUUUGGAGAUCCGUUUUGUAACUUGAGAGAUCCACUCUUUCAUGAUCUUGAUAUGUUGCAGGCCACACCUACUGAAGAUAAUAACAAUAAUAAUAAUAAUAAUAGUGUUUUCGGAGAUUCGAGAAAACGAGGCAAUAAUAUGUUUUCAAGGAUGCUUCAGAUCUCUCCUACAAACAAGUUGGCUAUGUCAGUACAAAAUCAUGAUGCUAUUAAUUCAUCAAAAACUUGCUUAAUAGAAAACUCUGCCUUACAGAUCUCAUCUCCGCGAAAUACGGGUAUCAAAAGAAGAAAGAGUCAGGCGAAAAAAGUGGUGUGUAUACCAGCAGCAGCACCAGCAAACAGCCGGCAAGGGGGAGAAGUUGUUCCAUCUGAUUUAUGGGCAUGGAGAAAGUAUGGUCAGAAGCCAAUCAAAGGCUCCCCUUACCCAAGGGGUUACUAUAGGUGCAGUAGUUCAAAGGGAUGUUCAGCAAGGAAACAAGUGGAAAGGAGCAGGACAGAUCCAAACAUGUUAGUAAUCACCUACACUUCAGAACACAACCAUCCAUGGCCAACUCAAAGAAAUGCCCUUGCUGGAUCAACAAGGUCUCAACCUAAUAAUUCCAAACACACUAUCAUACCAAAUAAUCCUCAAUCCCAAACCGAUACAGACGAUCAACAAAAAGAUAAUGCUGUGAGCAUUUCAAAAGUAAAAGAAGAGGUGGCUGAAGAAGAAGCUGUUCAUAAUCACAAACUAGUAGAAAUGCGCGAUGACGAGGAGUUUUCUAAAGAUAGUUAUCAGCCAAUAAUGUUACCAGAUUCAUCAAACCAGUGUCAUGAGGAUUUCUUUGCAGAUUUAGUUGAACUCGAAGCUGACCCUCUAAACCUUUUGUUUGCCAAAACUCUAUCAGGAGAUAUAAAUGACUCGAGACCGAAGGAGGACAUCGAAUCAUUCAACAUGUACGAUUGGAGCAAAGACGGUAACACCAGCAACAACAACAACAAGCCCGACACAUUAUAACAAGAUUUCAGCAAACACAAAAACAUAAAAAACAAUCAAAUUAAAUUCCGCUUGGUACAUAUUAUUGACUGAUGCUAAGCCAAGUAAGGAGGGUUUAGUUAUUCUCUUGGCCAUAAUUUUCCUUUUUUUUAUUUUUUAUUUUUGGGUUGGUUGUUUAUUUGGUUCAAUAUUGCUACAUACUGUACAAGUACUCUUUUGAUAAUCUUGUCUUCUGACACGAGCAAGAGUUGACGUAGAGUGAUAAAUAAUCUUUUAUUUUUAAUCAAAAAA